AAACAUGGCCACUCCACCUAAAACAGAACCUAUUUCGAUACUAAAAUCUUCUUCCAAUCCCAGAUCUGGGCCAUCGGAAUAUGCUAAUCGAACUGCCCGAAUUGUUCUUAGUGACGAUGAAGACGAAGACCAUCACGAUAACCCAAACCGUUUCCUUUCUGAUGGAGAAGAAGACGACCCACCAGCAUUACCCGUUUCCGACGAUGCAGUUGAACUUUUGAAAAACGAAAAGGUCGUAUUAUCUGGAUAUCUUCGCAAAAAGGGCGAAAAAAGAAGAACAUGGAAAAAACGUUGGUUUGUUCUCAGGACCACAAAACUAGCCAUGUACAAAGAUGACAAGGAAUACAAACUCCUGCGGAUUAUUGAUCUACAUGAGAUUCACAGUGUCGUACAAGUGACCUCAAAGAACAAGUACAAAUAUGUAUUUGCAAUCAUCACACCCAGGCGUAUGUAUUAUGUUCAAGCCAAGGACCAGCACGAUAUGGACGUUUGGUUUGAGCAGAUUGAACGAGCAAAGCAAGAAUUGAAGCUCUAUGACACGGACGAUGAUGCAAGUCUUAAAGACCGGGAUCAGGACUACGCCAAAGAUGUCAUUAGCUCCUACCAGUCAAAUCAUGCCGCCAACAUGCUACACCAACGUCGUUCAUCUACAACUACAAACGAACACAUUUCAGAAACCCCGCAGACUACUCGUUCCCAUGUCCCUCCAGUCGAUAUUCCAAGAGUCUCCACAUCUGCUCAUGGUGCCUACUCCACAUCUCACACCUACCCUCUCUCGCCCGGCUCAGACCAACAGGCUCAGAUGCAGAUUGUCGAAGGAUUGGCAAGCUCAGAAGAUGACGAAGAGUAUGGCUACAAUGAAGAUAUUAUGAAUGCACAACUUGAAGAGACCCGUAACAAGGUGCUUAUUGAAGGCUAUCUCAUGAAACUUGGUCGCAACAAGAGCUGGAGAAAGCGUUGGUUUGUUCUUCGUACAGACACCUUGGCAUAUUAUGAAGACGAAAAGGAAUAUUCUCCCCAUCGUAUUAUUCCUUUGACUCACAUUAUUGACUCACUUGAAAUUGAGCCAAUCAGUAAAAGCAAACAGUACUGCUUCAAGAUUAUCAUUCCAAAGCGCAGCUAUGUUUUAUGUGCCAGCACCGUAGUUGACCUCGAAUCUUGGCUUGAUGCUCUGAGUGUGGCUGUUCGACGUGCAAAGAAGGAAGAAAGUGAGACCAAGUCCAGUCCUCACACACACUCUCAUCCUCAUCCUCAUCCUCGCCCUACUUCCCACACCCCUGACACAGCAGGCUAUUCCCUCGAAAAAAGUACAACACUCUCAUCAAACGAGUCCUUUGAUAACUCAAGCCACAUUAGUGGAGCCGGCGGCGUUGGUGGUGCAGGUGGUGCACUAGGAGGAUCAUCUCCAAGUGGUCUUACAAAAAUUCACUCAAGACAUUCUGAAUUACUUGAAAGGGCAAAAUAACCCAGAAAGAAAACUCAAGAAAAUACACACCCACACACCCACACACCCACACACACACACACACAUAUAUAUAUUCCCACUCAAGCCAUUCACUUAGUCACAUUUACACAUACUCCCUACAUAUUAUUACUCAUUUACAUUUUACAUCAAAAACAAGAUUUCAUUUUCGUAUAUCUUC